AUGUCUCCGACGCGCGCACUCUCUUCGGAGUCUAGCCUCGGUCCUGCCGCAGACACCUUCUCUGCAGCCGCGUCUCUUAGCUCUACGCCUCCAACUACUGUCGCCGACACAGCCAGCUUGGCUUCAGAUAUCUCUAAGAGCGACAAUGUCACAGCAAUUGGCCUUGUUAACGAACCAGUUGACUCGACCGAGGUCGACGCGACGCCCGAGGUAGCCGACUCUAUUGUCGCGUCUGCCGAGCCUCUGAACCCCGUUCAACCUUCCGAAUCCCCUGCGCAAACCGCUCUAGACACACCUAUGAACGGACGCUCGCGCCGACAGCGCCUUAGCGCGCCAAUCUACAACCUUGCCAAAUUAGCUGGUACUGCUAUCCACGGCAAGCGACGAUCCAAAGGCGACAUCGUAUCUAACAGAAAGCGACGCCACACAACUGCCGGUGAGAUUCUGGUUGCAAACGAAGAGGACACCGACGACGAUGCGAUCUCUAUGAAGUCGACCAAAUCUAAGCUUUCUACGCUGAAAGAUGCGGUUCCCUCGAGACGCAUUUCGACGCGUUCAACAGGCGUGGAGGCCGAAACCUUGGCGAGCAAGCUAUCUACUCUAGGAAAGAGGGGUAGGAAGACUUUUGAGAAGGGUCUGAGCAAGAUGUCGCGUGAGCUACGACGUCUGCAGGACACAGACGAAUUUGCAGGAAUAGAUAAGAAGCCUGUCCUAUACACCACCUGGGCCAACGGGAAGUACAUUUCUCCCGAGGAUUCGCAACCCCCCAGAAAGAGGAUGAAGGUUGCAUCCGAGACGCCAGAGGUUACCGCUCCAGAGCCCGAACCUGUUGUUGAGCUUGGCCCGGCUGUUAAGAAGAGACGGGUUAAGAAAUACCUUGAUCGCGGCCUAUACGCUGGCCAGGAGGCCCCGCUAGAUAUCUACAAGGGACUCACUCCGUCAGAGAAGAAGAGCUUAGCGCAAUUGCCCGAGCUGAUGCCGAGCGGCAAGGCAAACAGUACUAUGCCCAUGCCUAUAUACAAUGGGAUGCGCACAUUGAUCCAGGGCAGGGAUUUUAAGCUGCCUUUUGACAUCUGCAACCCUCUUCCCCCUGGACAGCCUAAACCCGACGAGUGGAAGAAGAUAACGAAGAAUCGAUUCGUUGGUGAUGCUGCGGCUUACUGGAAGAAGACACCCCACUUCAAGGACUAUCAAUCCAAGUGCGUAUGCACCCCGGAAGACGGGUGCGGGGAGAGUUGCCAGAACAGAAUCAUGCUUUACGAGUGUGAUGAGACCAACUGCAAUGUUGGCACCGGCUUGUGCCAGAACCGCGCUUUUGCGAGACUCCAGGAGCGGAUCAAGGAAGGAGGAAAGUACCGCGUAGGAGUAGAGGUUAUCAAGACCUCGGAUAGAGGCUAUGGUAUUCGUGCCAAUCGAUGCUUCGAGCCCAAUCAGAUUAUCAUGGAGUACACCGGUGAGAUCAUCACAGAAGAGGAGUGCGAUCGCCGCAUGAAUGAGAAGUACCAGGACAAUCAGUGUUAUUAUCUGAUGUCAUUUGACCAGAACAUGAUCAUCGACGCAACGACUGGUAGUAUCGCUCGUUUCGUCAAUCAUUCAUGUUCGCCAAACUGCCGAAUGAUCAAGUGGAUUGUCUCGGGACAACCUCGCAUGGCCCUCUUUGCGGGCGACCGCCCCAUCAUGACGGGCGAGGAGUUGACAUACGACUACAACUUUGACCCUUUUUCUGCUAAGAACGUCCAAAAGUGUCUCUGUGGUAGCCCGAAUUGUCGAGGAGUCUUGGGCCCGAAACCCAAGGAAGUGAAGCAGCCGAAGCCGCCCAAGGAGACGGGAGCUGGUAAGAAGGGCGCUAGUGGCGGAAAGCGCAAGUUCAAAGACGCACUUGGCGAGAAAGAAGAUGCGGAGGGUAGCGCAGCGAAGAAGCGCAAGAUUAAGACCGCGACAGGGGUAAAGACACAGGGUGCUAAGCGUGCCCUCUCUACUGCUGGUCUCAAAGCGGCCAAGGGUGCCGCCACAGCUAUUAAGCGUAGCGUGUCGACAAUCUCUGUCAACACGAAGGCGAUUCUGGGUCCGAAAGGUUCAAGCCAGAAGACAUCGGCAGUCCGAAAGUCGAAGACUGUAGUUAGAACCUACAGCAAGGCUAAGGUGCAGACGAAGCUACCGGCAGCUUUCCGAACCGCCCUUCGAAAGCCCGCAUCGCAUAACUCGAGUCUUACAAUUGUCGCAGCGGGUUCUGAGGAUGUGCCGGAAGAAGAUGAAGACGAGGAUGAGGAUGAUGCGGAGUUGUCGAUGGCUACUAGCAAGAAGACAAUUCCCAUGGAGGAAGAUGAAGACGAUGAAGACGAGAACGAUGUUGAGCCGAUGUCUCCCAGAAAAGCCGUCGAUAUACCCCGAUCUGUGAACAGAAUUCGGCUUGUUCACUCGUGA